AGUUGUCAUAAUCAUAAUUAGAAUAAUGUAAUUUAAUGAGUACGAAAAAACAUGAAGAAUUUAAGAAAUCUGGGAAAAUUAUCAAAAUGUUAGAAAUAAUAUGCUUAUAUGUUCCUGAGACACCCAAAAUAUAAUGGAUACCAUUUCAGAUCUAAAGCUGAGGGAGGUGGUUUAAAGAUGCUGAAUAAUGUGGAAAGGCUGGCGGGGAAGCACCGUCUUCUCCUUCACGUGUGGGGCCACCCGCGUGUCCUUUAACGCAGUUCACUGUCGGCCACUGCUCCCCUGCCCCGGAUCACGGCGCUCGUCUGUCUCCUCGCAGGACCCGUCCGCUAUACCCAUAAUUCCCCGCGCUGAGACAAGAUGGAGGAAAGUAGCAGCUGCAGUAGAACAAUGUUUGGGCUUUGAAGACUCAAAGGAACGACCCAGAGGAAAAAAUACAAGCAGAAAAGGGCCAGCGGUGGUCAUGCACUGUGUAUUUGCAGUGUGCUCCAGUUAAGUUCGCUGCCCGCCCGCCACCGAAGACCCCGCCAUGAGCAUAAUCCAAGACAAGCUAGGCAACGAGUUCCUGCGCAACGGGGCGAUGGAGCCCAACUUCGCGCCGGGCAUGCUGAUGUUCAGCCACCUGCCGCCCGUCACCAGCUUCACACGCAUGGCGGCGGCGCAGUCGGCGCUCCACGAGCUGGCCCCGCCGGAGGUGGUGCUGAAGAAGGAGCGGGACUCGCCCGACUGCGGCGCCAGCGACUACGGUCACGCCGCCAUCAAGCAGGAGAAGCUGACGGAGCUGGACUACCGCCUGCCGCUCUACCCGGGCUGCUCGGCCAAGGGCGCCGACCUGCUGAUGGAGGCGUCGCUCGGCAACCACCACCAUCACCACCACCACCACCACCACCACCAGCAGCAGCAGAACCUGCUGGCGCACGACCUGAGCCUGGGCAACCUGUCACAGAGAUUGGUGAAAGAGCCCUCGGGGAGGAGGGGUCGGAGGUCAAACGGCGACGGCCAGGAGGGAAAGCCCCGGAGGAAGCGGGGAGACUCCUCAAAGUCGAUGAUGCUGGACGGCGAACUGGGCAGCCUCUCGCCCGGCUCCAAGCCGCACAUCUGCGAGCACUGCAGCGCCGCCUUCCGCAGCUCCUACCACCUGCGCAGACACGUGCUCAUCCACACGGGAGAAAGGCCUUUCAGGUGCAGUCAGUGUAACAUGAGCUUCAUCCAGAAGUACCUUCUGCAGCGGCACGAGAAGAUACACAGUGGUGAGUCCUGGGAUGAGUGGGAUAACUACUCUGAUUAUGACCGUGAUACCAUGGAGAGGCACAAGAGGACUCACAGUGGAGAAAAGCCAUACAAAUGUGACACCUGCCAACAGUAUUUUUCCAGGACGGACCGGCUGCUGAAGCACAAGAGGACCUGUGGAGAAGCCAUAAAGAAGGGGCUGGACCCGGGGGCCCUGGACCAGGGCCUGGGUGACAUGGGGCAGGGCGGCUACGGCCUCACUCAGGGAAACGCCGGCACCUCCGGCCGCCGGAAGGGCAAGCCCAAAGGGGAGGGGGGCGAGCGCAAGCGGAGGAAGGGCGCGGGCGGAGAGGCGGGGCCUGGGCCGGGGGCGGGGGCAGGGGACCCGGGCCUGCAGGGCUACGAUGCGUCGGGCAGCGGCCUGCACGGGCGGGCCCCGAAACUGCUCUUCAAGAAGGUCAACCGCAAGGGCCCCGACAAGGACCCCGCCCACAAGGUGGGGCCCCUGGGCGGGAUGGACGGCCUGGCGCUCCUGCAGGGCCCCGAGGCCAAGCAGGCCCCGCCCAGCAGCAACUACGACGACGCCAUGCAGUUCCUGAAGAAACGCCGCUACCUGCACGCGGCCGCCAACAGCGCCGACUACGAGGUGGGCGUGGCCCACCUGUCCCAGCAGCCCACGGUCAUCCAGGGCGCGGUGGGCGGGGCCCUGGACGGAGACCACGCCCCGCUGGGCCUCCUGGACUCGUCCCCCAUGGGCGGCGGCGGCGGCGCCGACCCCAAGCACGACAAGUCGGGCAUCCCAGACGAGGUCCUCCAGAGCCUGCUGGACCACUACUCCCAGAAGGCCGAGGGGCCGCACGACGUGCCCUUCGACCUGGGCGGCGACCAGCACGUGGAGCUCCACCCGGCGGCGCAGCAGGCGCCCGAGGGCGGGGACGAGGAGGACAAGGUGGGCGAGAAGGCGGUGAUCAUGCACGAGUACUCGCGCUUCCUGCUCCAGGCGCUGGAGCGCACCAGCCACGGCGGCGGCUUCCUGCCGGCGCCCAGCGGGCCCUUCGCCGGCCCCGCCUCCUCCGCCGCCAGUCCGCCGCUCUUCUCCGACAAGCACGUCUACGCCGCGACCCCGCUGGAGUGCGGCUUCGGCCACGCCCUCGCCUCGGCCCCGCCCCCGGGCCCCCUGCCCAAGCCCCACUUCGGGAUGCUGCUGGCGGGCCCCUCCUCCUCCUCGUCCUCGUCCUCCUCCCAGCCCGGCUUCCACCUGGGCGGCCUGGACCCCGCCCACCAGCAGCUCACCCCCUCUCAGGAGCUCACCGAGCAGCUGGAGAAGCAGCCCUCGCCCGGCGCCUUCCAGAUCCCGCCCCCGGACCUGGGCGGGCACAAGGACGCCCCGCCCAAGGGCAGCUCCGCCUACCAGCUCCCCGCCCAGGACCUGGCCCCCAUCGACCCCUCCAAGGGCGUGGACCUCCGGCCCCCCUACCAGAUCGAGAACUUCGCCCAGGCCUUCGGGUCCCAGUUCAAAGCGGGCGGCAGGGUCCCCCUGGGGUACAGCCCUGACUCGGGCGCGGAGGUGGACCACAGGAUAAGGACACCCGUUCCGGAAUUCUCAGGUUACACUAGUUUGUUAGCUGAUGUCAAUGAGCCAGUUAGUUCAAGAUCCAAGACUCCCACAAGCCAAAGCUACAGGUAAGAUCUGAAGGACGGUAGAGACCUAGUUUUGGAGGUUUGUUCAUUAAAAAUUUUUUUUUUUCCUUAUGUUUAUUAUUAUUAAUAAAUUUUUUUAAAAAAUAAGGCUAUGUUUUAAUUAUUACACUGCCAUUAUAAUGUUUGUAUAAAAUUGUACCGGAAUGGGUCUGUGUGACCUCCUUCAAAUGCAAUGUUUUUAUUUUUUAUUUUUUUUAUUUUUUCCUCUCCGUGUUUAGUCGAUUUUAUUCAUUAGUGUAAAAUUAGGUCUGGUCAUUAACCGAUAGAUGGAAAAAGUACUUUUUAAGCAAAAAUGUAGUGUAGCAAAGGACUGGCUUGACAUUUCUUUUUCCCCACGAACCUACGUGUUUUAGCAAUCAACUUUACAAUUGUGAAAAAUAAUUAAUAAUGAUAAACGAUGGCAGGGAACAGCCCAGAUAUGAAAUGGCAAAAAAAUAAAAUAAAGAUAUUGUCUGUUACAAGGAUUUAAAGUAUAACUCAGGAAAAAAAGUGUAAUAAGGAGAAUUUUAUUGCGAGAUGCAGCAGGAGCACUCUUUGUUUUAAUUAUUGUCAUUUUUCUUUUUUUUAGCGCUGUUCGUUUGCAAGUGCAACAGAGGGUUUUUUAAAUUUUUUAUUCCUUUACAAUCGAGUGCGAAAAACGAGGAAGCUGCCUGUUUGGUUACACUAAGAACACUUUCCUCUUAGCUGAAUGGAGGUUACGGUACUUCUCGUCAAUGUGAAACACUCGCGUUUCUGUCAGCAAGGGCCAUGCGUAUUUAUAAAGUGUAUGCGAGCGAGGGGGGGAUGACGGCGAUGUGAGGAAGGAGGGGAAUUUGGAAAAAAGAAGGACCCCCGGGGUCAGUUUCGGAGGAAGGGGGCGGAGUCGCCGUUCCGUUCGUCACAGGAUUUGGGUCAUUUAAAAAAAAAAAAAAAAAAGAGACACUGUUACCAUGGCGUGCGGACUGGGGGAGGAGCUUUGCAUCGCGAAACUCUUACCUGCGCGGGCCACGCCCCCCCUCCCCCGCGACCGAAACCCUCCUUAGCGAUUGCGUAGCGACGCUGGCAGGAGAUGUUUCUGAAGAUUUUUUCUCUCCCUAAGUUCGUCUCCUCCUCUUACUUCCUCCACCUUUCCUUUCUUAUCGAGCACUUCUUUCCCCCAGUUUAAAAAUUUUUUUUUUAAAGAAACAUUCAGAUAGUGGAUAUUAAAAACAGAGAGAGAGAGGACUGACUUGCUUUUAAAAAGAGAUGUUGGUUAGGGCCGCCAGUUGUUCGAGGAUAAGGUGUCAGGCGAUUGGUGUAGGGGCGGGCGGGGAUUGGGUGGGACGGGGGGUGGGUGGGGGGGGGAUUGUGGGCGGGGGAGGGGAUUCUUAGUUUUGGAAUGGCCUCGUGAGGCACUCUGGGGAUGGGGUGGGUGGUUUUGGGGAGGUGGGGAGGGGGGGGGAUUUGUUUUUGCGUUGUCACCUGGAUGUUAUCAGAUAUGUAAAACAGGUUAAAUGGGGACGAGGACCUCUUUGUAAAUUUAUAGCCAUUUAAUCAGGUAAGUGUAAAAGUGUUGCCCAGAGACCAUUGUACCACUGAACACAAAAACCGAUGCAUUGAGCGCAAGUGGAUGCAACUGUAAUUUGUUUGGAAAAAAUACAAAUAAAACCCUACAUCCUGUUACUUCACAACGAGCCAAAAAACAUAAAAGAAAAAAAUGGUCAGAGAUAAAAAUAUUUUUAAAAAAAUCAUCACUUUUUUUUUUUUUAAAGAAAUGUUUGAGGGAACCCCAAUGUGCAUGCCUAAUGAAGGAUAGUGUUAGGUUUCGAUGGCAGUUCUUCAGUUUGUAAGCGGAGUAAUGGUUGCUUUGUCUUCCACUGCUGCUGGGUUGUUUUUUUUUUUUUUUUUUUUUUUUACAGCAACGCGAUUGUCCGUUCGGUUUUUAUUUUCCCAGCCCCUCCUCCCAAGCCUCUGACUGACAGAGCCCUAAAACGUAGCCCGAGACCCCUCGGCUAUGAUGUCACAGGGAACAAAGACUGACCGCUCGAAUCAUGCUCCAUGUUUUAACGACGUGAGAAAAAGAAAAAGGAUGAAAUUGACCUUUGUAUACCUCAUAUCACUGUUUAGGCAUGGCCAGGGACUGGUUUUUUUCCAUGUAUGUAGCGCAGAUACUGUGGUAGGUUUUGAAUCACAUUACAAACUGUAAACAGUGUUUGCAAUUGCAGAAGGAAAAAUGGGUUCAUUUUUAAAGUACUAUAAUACCUUUUGGCUCUAAAGCAUUAUUGCCAAGCAGUGUUUAAGCCUGUGAUUACCACAAUGAAUUUUCUUCUUUCCAUGUAUUGUUUUAUUUUUUUUUCCUUCGAAUUGCCAUAUUGUGUUUUAACGAUCUAGACAUGUUUACAAAAAUGUACAAAAAACACUAAAAAUGUGUGUUUUUUUAUUUUCUUUUUUUGUGCUCAGAUCCGCAUGACAUGAACGAUUUUUUGUACGUUUUUAUUGGUUGUCACCACCACACCGAACCUGUAGCAAAUGUCUUCUCGCUCUCCCGUCUUAUUUUGUCAUUCUUACUUUGUUCUGGGUUCUUGUGAUAUGAUUUGCAUUUAAAUGAGUUUAUAAAUGAUUAGAAAAUAAAAAAAUAAAAAAUUCUUAUCAGCAAA